CCCAGAGCUGAGCAGCCUCGGCCCGGGGGAGCCCAGGAAGCUUCUCCUGUCAGAGCUCGGGGUCCCUGGGUCCAGGAGGAGGAGGGGAAGGUGGGAGAAGCCGGCCCGGCUUUGGGCGCUGGUUCUGUGGCAUCUGCCAUGGGCGGGAGCCCUGGAAAUAGGAUCCCCUUUGAUCUUGUUGUGAGAAGUGUCAGGGGCCUUGCUGGGGACACCCAGAGUAAGGGAGCGCAGGACCCAGCCAGAGACUAAACUGAGCCUUAUUUAUCCCCUCAGGAGGGUGCCAUUUUCCAUGGGUGGCUGAGGGACGUGUCUCACUGCCACAGGUGACACGGACACAGUCUCUCCUCCUGAGCCACACAACUUCUCCCUUUUCUUGUAGCAAGAAGGUCUGGGUAAGAUCCGGUUGGGGCACAGAAAGUUGGGCCCAGUUUGCUUUGGUAUGAAAUGGCGGCCGCCGGACUUCCCUGACCGGUGAGACGGCGUCGGCCCAGUGCUUGAGCCUGGCACGUGGAGGGCACAGGCGCCAGGUAGACUUGGGGAGGUCAGAAAGUGGCCCCAGAAAGGUUCUUGGAGGUACUGGGUGGUCUCUAGUGCUGAACGAAGCAGGGUGGCCGUGGGGACGAGGCGCUGGAGCAGAGCCUGAUUCUGGCUGUUACAGUGUCAGGAAGGGAAGGACGGAAGCCCCUUUGUCAGGGGCCAAGGGCGAGGGGCAGUGAGGCCGUCGGAGCCUGGGUCUGGGAUCAGGAAGCCUGACCUGCCGGAGCUCUCUCCAGACCCUUUGGGGGAGCCCGAGUCACUGAAGUCACUGACCCCCGUCUGCCUCAAUUUCCCUAUCUCUCAAACAAGAGCUCCAAUGGGGUCCAGAAGCGUCGGACACUCUGCAACAGCUGAGGAAUGGCUAAGGAGCGAGUGCGAGAGGAACAAAGAAAGGCGCAAGUUUCAGGGCGUUUGGCUGAAAAAAGGACUGAGGCAGAAGGAUGGCUCCGAGGGUGGAAAGGGUCAGGGCAGGCUUCCUUAAAGGAGUUGGUGACAUUCAGGGACAUUAUCGUGGACUUCACUGAGGAGGAGUGGGGGCUCCUGGACCCUACUCAGAAAGAGCUCUACAAGGAGGUCACGCUGGAGAGUGUCCAGAACCUGCUGUUCCUGGAGACCAGGUCUGAAGUAAAUGAAAUGACUAGAAAGCUGGGAAAUUUUGUGAAAGAACGUGACCUGCAAAGAUUCUUGAAGGAUGGUCCCUGUGCCUUGACUUUGAAGGAAAUCCUUGACUUUAAUAUCAAGAUAGAUAAGAAUCCAAAAAGUGACUGUGAAUUUGAUGAAAUUGGGAAGAAAUUCACAAAAUACUCAGUUCUAAAUCACUGUAAGAAAAUGAUCUCAGGGAAUGACUAUUUUGGGCAUAGAGAAUAUAGCACAAUCUUUACUGAACUAGUAGAGCUUCUACAAUCCCUUGAGAAGCCUCCUGAAAUGCAAAUGAAUCCAGAUAAUCAAUGGGAAAUGGCCUUUAGCAGGAGUUCAAACCUUAUUAGACAUGAGAAAACUAAUGCUGGAGAAGAGAUUUGUGUAGGUAAUAAAGGUGUGAAGGUCUUGAGUCAGACCUCUAAGUUCAUUACUCCACAGCCAAUUCAUAGUAGAAAGGAGCUUAAUGAAUAUAAUGAAUGUGAUGCAACCUCAUCCCAUCACUCAUCUCUUCCUUCCCAUCUUAGAUUUCACCCUGGAAUGAAAAGAUAUGCCUGUGCCCAGCAUGGGAAGGCCUUUGGUUGGAAAUCAGGUCUUGAUAGGCCUCGGAAGAUUCCUGUGGGGGAGAAGUUUUAUAAAAAUAAUGAAUGUAGGAAGGCCUGCAAAUCACUCCUUGUUGACCAUCAGAAAAUCCACACUGAAGAGAAGCGUUAUUGGUGUGAUCAAUGUGGAAAGCCAUUCUCAGAGACCUCCAGUCUUGCUACACAUCAGAGAAUCCACACAGGAGAGAAACCUUUUAAAUGUAAUCAAUGUGAAAAGGCUUUCACACAGAGGUCCAGUCUUGCUGCACACAAGAGAAUCCAUAGUGGAGAGAAACCUUUUGAAUGUAAUGAGUGUGGAAAGGCUUUCACACAAAGCUCCCAUCUUGCUACACACAAGAGAAUCCACAGUGGAGAAAAACUUUAUGAGUGUAAUCAGUGUGGAAAGGCUUUCACACAAAGCUCCUGUCUUGCAAGACAUCAGAGAAUUCACACUGGAGAAAGACCUUAUAAAUGUAAUCAAUGUGGAAAAGCUUUAAAAUGCAGCUCCAGUCUUGCUAAACAUCAGAGAAUCCACACUGGAGAGAAGCCAUACGAAUGUAAUCAGUGUGGGAAGUGUUUUAGAUCUGGCUCCAAUCUUGCUGCACACGAGAGAAUCCACACUGGAGAAAAACCUUAUGAAUGUAAUCAAUGUGGAAAGGCUUUUAGAGAGAGUUCCAGCCUUGCUAAACAUGAGAGAAUCCACACUGGAGAGAAGCCUUAUAAAUGUAAUCUAUGUGGAAAGGCUUUCACACAGAGCUACAGUCUUGCUGCACAUCAGAGAAUUAACAUUGGAGGGAAACCAUAUGAAUGUAAUCAAUGUGGAAAGGCUUUCCAGCAGAAAUGCAGACUUGCUGCACAUCAGAAAAUCCACAUUGGAGAGAAACCUUAUGAAUAAGAUUAAAGUGGAAAGGCUUUGAGAUGAGAGUGGAAAGGCUUACUAAACAUGAGGAAAUCCAUGCUAUAGAGAAACCUUAUAAGUGAAUCAAUGUCAAAAAGUUUUCAGAUUCAGCUCCAGUUUUGCUAAACAUUAGAGAAUUCACACUGGGGAAAAGUCCUGCAAACAUAAUUAAUAUGAAAAGAGUUUCAGGCGGAGCCCUAGUCUUGCCAGACUUCAAAAAGUCAACAUUGAAGAGAAACCCUAAGAAUGCAAUCUAUGUGGAAUGAUUUCAUACAUUUCCAGUUUUGCUAAAUAUCAGUGAAUAUGGGGAACAUGGCAGAAUUUUUCGUUGCCAUUCAGCAUAUUUAACAGAAGAGGUUCCACACUUGAUAGAAACCUUAUGCAUAUUGUCAAGGUGUAAUGCCUUUAGGCAACAAUCAUCCCAUAUUUCCCUUCUUUAAAUUCAAAUUAGAUAGAAAUCUUAUCUUUGUCAUGAAUAAGGAAAGACUCAAAUGGAAUUCAGAGUUUCUUCAGUGUUAGAGAUAUCAACCUUAGGAGCAGUGGAAACUUUCAUCCAGAAAUCAUCUCUCACUUUCUCUCUCAGGAUUCAUUGUGGGGAGAAGCCUUAGCAAUGUGCUCAUGGACCCUGCUUUUCUCUGGAGGAGAAUGAUCAGUGGACAACCUUAUUCCUAUCUGAAUGAAGGUGGAUAAAGGCACUGCUUGUGGGGAGGGCUUCUCCUACAGCUCACACUUUGACUGUCCUCUGGUGAAAUCAUUCUGGAGAUAAAGAUUGGGGAUCUAAUUAAUAAGGAUAAGGCCUCCUUCUGCAUUAAACCUCCCAACAAAAGAGAUCUCAUGAAGCAUCCCAAAUUUCCAUCUUGUGCAUAAAACUCUAGAAAUAUAAUGAGUUUUCCUCUGAAAUCUUUGUUUGUCAUCACUUUUCAGUCUUUGCUUUCCUAGACCAGUAUUUCCAUGCAGGAGGGAGCAGAACUUGGGAUUUGUUCAUUGUUUGGCAGAACGUGAGAAAGGAGCAGAAAGGCCAGUGAGUGGAACAUAUGCUUGAAGGGGGAUUACUAUGAGACUAGAGAGGUCUGAAACAUACCCGCAUUCAAUUUUAUGGCCUCAUUUUCCAAUUUAUGGACUUCAGGAGUUAGAUUCAGGGCUUCUUAA